AUGCUUCUCCGCUCUCUACCCCGUGCUGCUCGUGCUUCAACGAGCAGCUCCAAAGCGUGCAUGCGAAUUGCUUCCUCCUCAAAUCGAUGCUUCCAGACUUCGGCGCGAUCUAUGGCUCCUGUUUUUUCUGCUACCUCGCAGCCUCCUAUGACCAGCCAAUCCCACGUCCGAACCGCUCAUGCCAUCUCUAACCCUACACUUGCCGGAAUUGAAAAACGAUGGGAAGCAAUGCCACCACAAGAACAAGCCGAGUUGUGGAUGCAAUUGAGAGACCGUAUGAAGGUAGAUUGGCACGAAAUGACUUUGCAAGAAAAGAAAGCCGCAUGGUGGAUUGCAUUCGGACCUCACGGACCCCGAGCAGAAACCCCCCCGGGCGAAUGGACUAAGGUGUUCCUCUAUACAGCCCUUGGUCUUGCUGUGUCAGGAGUUUUAUUCGUGAUCGUCCAAUCUUUCGCAAGACCACCACCACGAACCAUGACCAAGGAAUGGCAAGAAGCUACCAAUGAAUAUCUCAAGGCCGAGAAGAGCAAUCCUAUUUAUGGUGUCAGCAGUGAAGGAUAUACUGGCAAAGGCCAUGUUCAGAGCAAGUCAGCCAAGGCUCAAGGCAUCAAGCUGGAGCCAGAUGAAUAG